AACAUCAGACUCUACUACAAUGGCUGCCUCCACCGCCGUGACUCACGGAGCUUCGUACCUGCUUCCUUCACCAACCGCAUUAGCGGUAUCUUCCCGGAGAUUAUCUUCAUUCCCGCCGUCGAAACGAUUACACCUCAGCUAUCUGCGGCGGAGAGUCAAUGCACCAUCGCCGAGGCGCGUCGUGGUUCGUGCCGCCAGAACUGAGUCAAGUGGAGUAAAAUUAGGAGUUAGGGCUCCCAAUUUUGAGCUUCCGGAGCCGCUCACUGGAAACUUAUGGAAUUUAGAAGAUUUUGAACUGUAUCCAUCUCUACUGGUUAUGUUCAUCUGCAAUCAUUGCCCGUUUGUGAUUCACUUGAAGAAAGACAUUGUAAAGCUUUGCAAUUUCUAUAUGGAGAAGGGUCUUGCUGUUGUUGCAAUAUCUUCAAAUUCUGUUGUAACUCAUCCUCAGGAUGGGCCUGAGUUCAUGGCAGAGGAUGCAAAAGCUUUCAAGUACCCAUUUCCUUACUUGUAUGAUGAGUCACAAGAGGUUGCAAGAGAAUUUGGAGCUGUUUGUACCCCUGAGUUUUUCUUAUAUAAGAAGGAUGGCCGUAGACCAUUUGAGCUGGUCUAUCAUGGUCAAUUUGAUGAUUCCCGGCCUAGCAAUAACAUACCAGUAACUGGGAGGGAUCUAAGCCUGGCGAUUGAUCUUGCCCUUAGCUGUCAACCAAUACCAUCAAAUCAAAAGCCAAGUGUUGGUUGCAGCAUAAAGUGGCAUCCAGAAACAGAGUCUUGAGCUAAGACAUUGACCGUACCUACAAACUGCAUUGUAUUGGAAACAGAUGCGCAACAUUGUUUUCAGGUAUGUCCUAAAACCGAAACUGAAAGGAGAGGAAAAGGCAAAGGAGAAGAACUUUAAAAGCCUAGCCGCAAAAAGAAGAUAGAAAGUGUAGAGAUGUGAGGAGGAGCAUGUGUGUGUGGAAGCAGAGGUGCAUCGAUAGCUGUGAGAAGGCUUACGAAGUAAACGUGGGCGGUUGCCGAGCCGUGCGUCUCCUUUUCCGUUUCUUCUUCAUCAAGUUACCUUCGAAUUUGGUUCUUCGUAGUAGUUUUCACCUUAUAUAAUGCGAAAUGCAAUAAAAAUAGUUAUCAUUUAUUUAACCAUUUGAUCAUCCAAGUUUUGAUAAGCGAAUUUGAAGAAUUUCUGAAAAGUUUCUGUUGAGGCAA